UAGUCGAGAGCUGUCAGAUUCUAACAACCCAAGAUGUUGUCCGUUGUGUGUGGACUUCUUUUGUUGAACACCGGCUUUGUGGCGUCUUCGUAUAACACAUUUUUAAAGAAGUUUGAUGUUCAACCGUUGGUGGAACAAGCCGAUGAGGUCGAUCUUUCCACGUGGACCGAUCACAGCAAUUCUCUCGAGUGCGCAUAUCCUACCGAUUGUACAGUAAUACAGCAAUGCAACCACACAAAGAGCGGCGUGUACCAAGUGUUUCCGUUCGGAGUGGGAAAAGGCUUCCUUGUGUACUGUGACAUGGUGACGCAGGGCGGUGGGUGGCUGGUGUUCCAAAGACGACAAGACGGCUCUGUUGACUUCUAUCGUAACUGGCAGAAUUACACCGAUGGCUUUGGUAACCUCUACGGGGAGUUCUGGUUGGGCCUGCAGAAGGCUCACCUCCUAACCUCUCAGGCGCACUUUGAACUCCUCGUGAAUAUGAAAAGCUACACCCUGGGAACAGGUUACGCUUCCUACAGCAGAUUCCGUGUGGCAGACGAGUCUCAGAGCUUCCGGCUCUUACUGGGCACGUUCAAGGGGAAUGCCGGUGACUCCUUAGGUAUCCAUAACGGCUUGAAGUUUACCACAUAUGACCGAGAUAACGACUACUACAAUGGGAACUGUGCUGUGAGAUUUCGUGGGGCCUGGUGGUACAAUGCUUGUCAUCGCACCAAUCUCAAUGGACGUUAUGUUUUUGUGAAGGAUAAAUCAACAGAUAAUCCUUCAUUUGUCACGUGGUCCCAAUGGUCGUCUAAACAUCUCCCUCUUCAGUUCAGCGAGAUGAAGAUACGCCCAAUGAAAAUCCACUAAAUAGACGAUAUGCUCGGUUGUUUACAAAUUAUGGGCAAAGAUAGAUCAAAAGUUCGUGGUAAUCGUUCCAUUUAAACGUUAACUUGAUCCUUCCUUUUUUGUCCUGUUUUUAACGUUUUCAAAUGAGUUUAUAGCAAAAAAAUGUUUAACAACUGAAUAUGACGUAUGUUAUAUUUUAUCAAGCGCGAGAACUUUCGGACUGUAGAAAUAUAGCCUGCCGCAGGGCUAAUCACAAUAUGUCCAACGACUAGGCAACCAUAUCCGAACUAUCUUAAUCUUUAAAAGAACACAAACAUGAUUAUAACUUUUUGGAACGAACUAUUUACAAAACAUCAGUCGUUUUUCUAGUGGAGAUAGCACUCGUGACUCCAGAUUUUUGAAACUUAAUAAACGAGGCGCGAGGGUGAAGUUCUACUUUUUCAAGAACCUUCCGUUAGGAGUGUUUUUAUUCUACUUACACGACACCAUAGACCCAUGCAAUAAUUUUACAUUGUUUUUUUUCAAUAAUUGACAGUUCAUGUAUGUGCAUAACAACACAAAUUCUUGGUG